UAACAGGUCACACUGCUUGUACAUGUGCCGGGUCGUCAACUAAACUUCAGAUAAAAAACUCAAUCGAAGCGUCCAGAAAACAAACAAAUUCAAUUCUCCAACAGUACAAAUACUCUACAAUGUCUGCCGAGGAAGGAAAGUUUGACAAUAUCCUGCUGGCCGUGGCCGAAAAGCACCGCGGAGGAGUGCCUGAGUUCCUUGGCACUUUGGCCAGCUUUCUGCGCCGCAAGACCGACUUCUUUACGGGUGCACAGCAGGCGGAAUGGGAGAAGCUUCUGCUGGAUGUCUUUAAGAAAGAGUCCAAGCUGGCCAUGAAUGAGCACAGCGAAAAAAUGAAGACCCGCGAAGCUGCCCAAAAACAAAAAGAGGAAAAGGAGCGCGCUGAAAGGGAGGCUCGCAAGAAGGAGAUCGACGAUAACAAAAUAUGUGAUAUCACCGAUGAGGAGGCGGCGGCCAUCAUCAAGGAGGAGGAGAACAAAAAACGUCAGCAGCUGCUGGAUGGCGCUGGUGCGGAGCCAACUGCCCCUAUUCGCGAUGACCUCUCCAAGCCCAUCGAGGAAGUUGACAAUGACACAGAAAAGAGCGAGUUGGGCAAGCUGAUGCCGAAUUUAGGCAAUGGUUGCACCUUAGACAAGUACAACUGGACACAAACUCUGCAGGAGGUGGAGCUGAAGAUUCCCUUCAACGUGUCAUUCGCUCUACGUGCCCGUGAUCUGGUGGUCAAUAUUGGUAAGAAGACGCUGAAGGUGGGCAUCAAAGGUCAAGAGCCCAUCAUCGAUGGCGAACUAUGCGCCGAGGUGAAGCAGGAGGAGUCCGUGUGGGUGUUGCAAGACAGUAAAACCGUGAUGAUCACACUGGAUAAGAUCAACAAGAUGAACUGGUGGAGUCGCUUGGUGACCACGGAUCCAGAGAUCUCAACACGCAAGAUCAAUCCAGAGUCGUCGAAGCUUUCGGAUCUGGAUGGGGAGACGCGCAGCAUGGUGGAGAAGAUGAUGUUCGAUCAGCGACAGAAGGAGAUGGGUCUGCCCACCAGUGAGGAUCGCAAAAAGCAGGACAUACUUGAGAAAUUCAAGCAACAGCAUCCGGAGAUGGACUUCUCGAAGUGCAAGUUUAAUUAGCUCAACAUUCUCAGGCUUAACUUGAUAUAACUUUCGCUUUCGCACUCUUCUCAAUAUCUUCACAUUCGAAAUGUGAAUUCUUCUUCAUCUUUCCAAUCACAAACAACCAACUAAUGCAAGAAAAAUAAAAAUAAUUUGUAUAACGUACAACAUUUAAAACCAGAAAAAACCCCAGCAUUUUAA